UCGAGUCUCGUGGUGUCAGUCGAAGUCAAAGAACUCGAAUCGUUUCUGUUUUAAAAAAUGACUGAACAAGAGACUGACGUGAUCUCAAACAUAGAUACGACCGAUUUAGAAGUUGCAACACUGGAGAAGCAACGAGCACGGGCAUUUUUGCGCGAACGGUUUCUACGUGUUGUUACUGGCAUUGUUGGUAAGCAAACAAAAUUUUAUUUACACGAAAAUACGCACGUAUCAGGUGAAUUCAAAGGUUGUGACGUGGAUUGUUCAGAGAUUUUUGUAAAAAGUUUAGAAACGCCAAUGGGAAAAAUUCCACAAGCCAUUCUUCGAAGCAGCGAUAUUAUCUACUUAGAUAUUGACGACAUUGUUGUUGAUGUUUUAAAAGAAAACACUACUUAAGAAAUAGAAUCACAACACUUGAGGCUCACAAUAACGAAUUAUAUUUUAUUGUUAAAAAAUAAAGAGGUGUCUUCGAAAUUACAUGUAAAUAACAUACUUUUGUGGAAAUAUAGAGAUCUAAGAUCGACGCAUA